UUGCAUGACUAAUAAGGACAUCUAAGCGUCCGUGCCUGUUCGCUCGUUUUCCCCCCUUUUUUUCGAUUGGUUGCAGGGCUAAAGAUCGGAAGUAGUUUAUUUAUGCUAAUGAAGGAGUUGGGGGUUGUAGAUAUUUACGUUCAACGGGAACCGCCCUUCAUUCACCCACAUGGUUCAAGGCAGGUCGGGUUCGCGCCACUUUUGCAAUUUUACUCUGAUUAAGAAAGUCGUUUUAGCAGAAGUUUCACUUCGCUUUGGACGCGCGCCGCGUUCGUUUCAUUCGAUCGCGGUCUACUUUUAAGUUUACGCACCAGUUUCGCAGAUUUGUCCAGAGCAGUGGCAGUAAACGGCAAGUGAGUGAAGAUGGUGGAUUUCACUGGUUCAGAUCUUCAGGUUUGUUUGUCAAAGAAUCUAACGUGCUGCACCAAGAAGAUGGAGGAGCGUUACCAGGUGGCGGCGCGACGGGACGUCCAGAACCUCCUCCAGAUAACCAGCUCUAGUCUGAAGUUCCUCAUCUCACGCAACGUGGCUGCUUUUCAAGAAACCGUGGAAUCCCUGGUGCGUCAGGCGGAGAAUCACACUCACGCUGUCCUCCUGCACACGUACCGUGAUCUGGCCAGUCCAGCGGCGGCUCCCGUCGGGGAGUUUUUCACAGACGUGGGUCUCUUCGUCUUGGGCUCCGAGCUCAGUCUAGAGGAAGCUUCGCAACGCUUCUUUGACGCCCUUUUCCCCCUUGUUUACGAGCGGCUGGUGGAGCCGGAUCUGUCACGCUUGUCUCUGCCGUACACAGAGUGCGUCCGUGCCUCCUGUCGGGAUCUGGGGCCGUACGGCGGAGCCCCGGGUCGCCUUGCCGCGCUCAUCUCCCGCGCCUCGCUGCCCGGCCGGGUGUUCCUCCAGGCGCUACACUUGGGCGUGGAGGUCAUCAACACGACCGACCACAUUCAGCUCAGCCGCGAGUGCAGACGCGGCCUGCUGAGGAUGAGCUACUGCCCGCACUGCCAGGGUCUGACCGCCAGCAAGCCCUGCAUGGGCUACUGCCUCAACGUGGUGCGAGGCUGUCUCGCCAGCCUGGCCGAAGUGGACGCCCACUGGAGGGAGUUUGUGCGCUCGUUAGAGACGCUCUCCACCCGCAUGCACGGGGCGCAGGAUCUGGAGCAAGUACUUCUGGAAGUUCCCGGGCUGGUGAGGGACGCCGUGGCCCACGCGCAGAGGAACGCACCGCGACUUUCUUCACAGGUGCGCAGGGUGUGCGGUCACCCCGUCAGACAGCAGCCGGAGCAGGUGAGCAGCGGUCAGCACAGCAGCGCCGGACGAGACUCCAUUCCUCUGAAAGCAGCAGUCAGAAACGCAGACGACACGCUCAGCAACAGGAGGAAAAGUGUGCGCAGGGUGUGCGGUCACCCCGUCAGACAGCAGCCGGAGCAGGUGAGCAGCGGUCAGCACAGCAGCGCCGGACGAGACUCCAUUCCUCUGAAAGCAGCAGUCAGAAACGCAGACGACACGCUCAGCAACAGGAGGAAAGAGUUCCUCAGCAGUCUGCGGCUGCACCGCGCGUUCUACGGCGGCCUGGCCGACCAGCUGUGUGUGAGCGACCUGGCCUCUGGAGACGGAACGGCUUGCUGGAACGGGGCCGGUGUGGCCAGCUACACUCUCCGAGUGGUUGGCAACGGCAUUAAAGCCCAGGCUGAAAACCCAGAAGUCAAAGUGAAGGAGGCCGACCCGGUGAUCAGUCAAGUCAUUGAUAAACUGAAGCACAUCAAUCAGCUGUUGCAGGGCAAGUCAAUCCCAAAGCUGGGCACACUGGACCAAAUCGAGACCGGAAGUGGAGAGGGAUACAGCGGAGACUGUGAUGAUGAGGACGGAUGCUGGGGAUCAGGGAACGGAGCGGCUGAGAGGAGAAGAAUAGAAACUAUAUUGACACCGGAAAAUACCAACAAUCACAGAUACCAUCACCCACAAAGCAAAGGCUUUGAUCAGAUGAAUUCUGGCACGAGAGGAACACAACCCGUCCCGCUGGCUCUGGUCUGGAUAUGCGCGUUUGCGCUGUUGUCAGGGUAACGGCAGCCAACUGGGUCUGAACCCCAGUCUCAAGACUGCUUUUUCACACUGUUUCUUAGAAAGAAAAGAAAAUGUGCCAGAUUUUAAAACGUCGAGAGUGAAAUUCCAGCGAGGAGAUGUUCUCGAAUGGAAACGGAUCGUAAAAAUUGAUGCAUUGAGAACUGAGGAGGAGCUGAGAGUGAAAAAUAAGAAACAAAGCUGUCCUUUCAUAAAUCUUUUUAAUCACAAAGUGUUUCUAUCAUAAACAUAACAGGCUACUAAAUAUUCUGCCAACACUUUACUGCAUUGAAUAAUGUCUUUUCUACAGGGUUCAGAGUAACACAUUCAGAGAAAAAUUAAUUAAUUAAAUUCUUUAAUGAUGUAUAUUCAAAAAAUAGUUGAGCUGAAAUGAGCACGGCACGUAUCAGCGUUUUGUUUUUUUUUGUUUUUUUUAAAUGAUGCAAUAUUUCUGAUGUCACACUGCUUUAUGAAUACGUCUCGGUACCAUGUACCUAAAUGACCUCCUUUUUUCAGCAUUUUUAAAUGUACUGUUGUUGUUUCUUUUCAUCUGAAAUGGCGUACGACGCAAAGUGUAUAAAGAUGUGUUGAUUUACAAUGUAUUUAUUCUUGGUUACAGAGUGACAUUAAACAGCUAAUGAAACUAAACA